UCCGAGGCGGCGCUGUCCCUGACCAAGCGGCGGGAGCGAGGGUUCAGAGAUGGGCAGUGAGAAGGAGCAGAAUCCAGAACAGCACCUGCCUGAGGACGGGGAACAGGGUAAGCCGUGGAGAGUGGAUGACUCAGAGGGUUUUUGGAUUCCGGAUGGGGAGAAAGAGCGCGAGCAAGAGGGCGUGUCAGAGGGGCCCCAAGGGCCCCGUCUCCAGAAGUCAUGGCAGAAAGACGCGGUCCCAGCUGGGGAUCCAGGGGACCCCACUGCUCAUUCAAGGCCCGAGGCCUACGAGAAGCCCUUUAUCUGUGCCCAGUGUGGCAAAACCUUCAAUAACACCUCCAACCUGAGAACACACCAGCGGAUCCACACUGGUGAGAAACCUUACAAAUGUUCUGAGUGUGGCAAAAGUUUCUCCAGAAGCUCCAAUCGCAUCCGACAUGAGCGGAUCCAUCUAGAAGAAAAGCAUUACAAAUGCCCCAAGUGUCAGGAGAGCUUUCGGCGGCGCUCAGAUCUCACCACGCACCAGCAGGAUCACCUGGGCAAGCGGCCAUACCGCUGCGACAUCUGUGGCAAGAGCUUCAGUCAGAGCGCCACGCUGGCUGUGCAUCACCGGACCCACCUGGAGCCGGCGCCCUACAUCUGCUGUGAGUGUGGGAAGAGCUUCAGCAACAGCUCCAGCUUUGGAGUGCACCACCGCACCCACACGGGCGAGCGGCCUUACGAGUGCGCCGAGUGCGGGCGGACUUUCAGCGAUAUCUCCAAUUUUGGAGCACACCAGAGGACCCACAGAGGGGAGAAGCCCUACCGGUGCACUCUGUGUGGGAAACACUUCUCUCGCAGCUCAAAUCUCAUCCGCCACCAGAAAACACACAUGGGAGACCAGGCUGGGAAGGACCCCAGCUAAAGGAGAGACCUGCUGAGAGAGUGAGGGAGAGCGAGCAAGAGACCCCAGCCUAGUGUAGAAAGAUCUUUAGGAUCUGCUGCUGCCCCUUUGACCUCAAGCCCUUCAUCCCACUUUGGCUUCUUGUUGCCAGUAGCUAGGGUCUCCGGGAAGUCCUGAGAUGGGCCUCAGCAGAAAUCCUUGCUUUUUCCCAGGCCAAUUUCUCACCUUGAAAAGUCAAGAGAACCUGGCAUUGGUGCCCUCUCCUUAGGGUGAUAGAGAACUAGGAAAGGCUUAGUACAUGCUCACAUCAUGAAGGCAGCCAUCUCCUGGCCAUUGAGCAAACACCCAGGAGAUGGGCAUCCCUGUCUGAAGGGCCUCCAAAUCAUAUAUGAACUGCUUAGGACACACUGCAGUGGCCUGCUAGCUCCUACCUUCUGUGGCCCAACUUCGCUUCCACAUCUUUGGGCCAGGAGGAGCAGCCUUCCCAAUGGAGGGGGUCCUCUUGGCCUGGAGAAGAGGUCUGAGGUCAAUGACCUUCACACUCCCCAUGUUUGUGACUUAUUACCCCCAUUAACCUGCAUCUGUUUCCCCAUAGUGAUUAGCAGUAAAGCCCUUCAAUGAAAAGGACAUGUGUACUUAUUUGGGGACAUGAAAGAAGUGGGGAGCUGGGGAAAUGGUCCUGUGGCAGCCACUCUAGAAGGGAGUUGAAAUCCCAAAAAGAGAAUGGAUGGCCGCUCUGAAAUGCAAAGGAAAGCAGAGAAAGGGAAAGGAGUACCAUUAAUUGAGCAUGCAGUGUGCCAUGGCUUCCACAGGCCACGUUUACAUUAUUGAUCAUAUUUAGUCAUCACAACCACCCUCAAGAGAAUAAGAUGAAACAGGUGAGGAAAGGUGAAGUCACUUGCUGUGAAGUCACACAGCAGGUAUAUAGUGAGGCCAGAGUUCAAAUUUGAGUCACCCUCGCUUUGAACUGAUGCUCUUUUCACUACAUUCACCAUGUUGGUUUCUGCAGGAGGCGUUACUUAGGGGGCUGGUCUAGGGCCAGCUGAUUCCCUGGAGGUGGGAGCUAGCGUGGCUCCUUAAUGUGGCCAUUUGCUCUGUGAGAAGGCAGUGCCAAGCACGGAGAACCCUUUCAACUUUAUUGAUUGAGCAUUUCCUUUGUGUCAAGGAAAAAUGACAGUGGCAGGGAGUAGAGAUUGAGGGGUGGGAAAAGAUGAGAAACCUUGACUCUUACUCUUAAGAAUCUCUGCCCCCCAGUAGCAAUAAUUUAGUUGUUGCCAAGGCUGGGACAGCUUGGCAGGAUUCAUGCCUGGCCCCACAUGGCAGAUUUUGGUGCUUUUUCCAUGGAAUUUUAGUGUUGACCCAGACACUUUCCAAUAAAUUAAGACCCAUCUCCACCUCUUGCUAAUCUGGGAUCCUGCUCUCCAGAGUGAGGGGUCCUCUUCAUUUGUAGCCAAUUGGCAGAAUGUGACUGGCAUCACUCAUGACUUGACCUAUCACAUGGGACUCUGCCACCUGCCCAGGAAGGGAUGUACCAGGAGCUUUACACUCCUCAUCUUACUAAAUUCUUAUAACCUUGUGAAGUAAGAAUUAUCCACACUUGAUACAUACAGAAGCAGGCUGACAGAGUGCCUGCCUAAUCCAAAGCCUGUAUUUUUUCCACCUAGAAAAUAUGUUUCAAACAAUUCCCUUACAUUUGUGGGUUAGUUUACAGUUUACAAAGCACUUUUAUUGCAUAUACAUUUUCCUGCUCCUUGAAAAUCUCAGUACAACAUACUUUAAAUAUGUAGCCAUCCAAACUUGUAGAUGUAUGAAUUGGCACAUUCCCUAGUAAUAAAAGUUGCCAUCUAUCAAAUAUCUAGUGAAUACCAGUUAUUGUACAUACAUUAUCUGUGUUUCCCAUAACUAUCACAUAAGGUAGCAGUAUCCCAUUAAUCUGAGAGGUUGAAUGACCUGGCCAACGGUAGACUAGGAUUCAAAUCAGAUAUAUCUGAUUCUAAGGCAAAGCUCUUUAUUAUACUCAUUACCAAGCUAGGUCUACUGGUUCACUCUUGAUCUGGGGAGCUUGACCUCUUUGUCCUUCCAGACCUAUACAGGCUUAGUGACAAUUGCUGUGACUUUUUGGGAGUCUUUGGUGCCAAUCAGAUGCAGGCACAGUACACCAGGUAUCUGCUUUUAUCUUUAGACAUGACUUGCUGGUCAAUCUCAUUUGCCUUUUUUGGACUAAGUUCAUAGGCUAAGGUUUCUAUGUUGCUCCAGACGUUGAUUCAUGACUUUCCCAUUUAUUUAUUCUCUGACUUCCUUUUUUUAACUUCCUGCAUUUUCUCCUUCAUUCCCUUUCUUCCCCAUCUCCCUUCCUCCCUUCUUCCCCCCUCUGGCCCUCUUAGCUACGAGCAAUACUGACAGUGACGCGGCUCCUAUGUUGUCUGAGUGCAGGAGUUUGGCUUAUAAACCCAGUUAAAUGAAGGAUGACAGUUGUACCCAGAGUUCUGUAGGAGUCAAGGGGAGGACCUUAACUGUGCUCGACUAUGGGGUCCAGAAGCCAGUAAGUCAUAGUCUUUCUACAAGGACCUAGAGAAAGAGAAACCCCCCUCUGAACAAAGUAUUGGGGGGCCAUUGGGAUUGUCUUAAAGGGGAGGAGAAGGUUCAGAUGAUGAUUGAAUUUGGUGUUGAAGAAUAAGUAGAUUGGUUAUUUCAGAUGAAAGAGGAAGUCUUCAUGUUUUAGGGAACAGUGAAAUGUUAGAUGUAGUUGGAAUGUCCUGUGUGAGGACGAGGUGAAGCCGGUAGUGCAGAUGGGGGCCAGAUCUUGAAGGGUGUUCAGUGCCAGCAUAAAGUGUUUUGGAUGGUGGACAAUAAAGUUUUAAAGCAGGGGAAUGGCAUGAUCACAUUCACCCUCUAGGAAGAAAACUGAGGUUAGUGUGCAGAUGAAUUACAGGGGGUAAAGGAGGCCGAGUACGUAAUGUAUAUGUAAGCCAGGUAUCAGUGGGCCCUCCCAGACCCACAGUGAGCACCAUAUGAUUGACUCACUGCUUUGUCACUUCCACAGAAUGGGAAAGUCCAGACCUUCCACACAAUUUCAGCAAAUUCCUGGGAUUGAUGCACUCAUGGUCUCCUCUUGCCUGAAGUUCCCGUGGGCUGUACACACCUUCUAUUUUUGUCUCCACUAACCCUGUCACAGAACUAAGUAGCUUCUUCAACUGUCCCAAUAAAUUUCUGUCACACUAAGCAUUUUAUAAGUUUAGAAUCUCUUGGGAGCCUUGGGGAGGGGACAUACCAUGGCAUGUUACAAGCUUCUCCUUUUUCUUUCUAUCACUGCCCUUAUCCUUCUGCAGGAUUGGAAAUUACAGAUUGUCUUGCCCUCUUAUAAAAAGCAACCCCGGCUGCCAGUUUGCAUCCACAAACACAUUAAGGAGCACAGCAGAACAUAGAUCUCACCACAUUUAACAGCAUGCACCCACCCCAUAUAGUAGUUGCAAAGAUAAAUAAAUAUCCUUGGAGAUUUACAAAGUAUAUGUGAAUAUAUGAAACAAAAAUAUAUGAAACCAAACAACAGUCUUGUGUUUGUUUCCUCUUCUUUCUAAGAUCCCACUGAAAUAACUGAAAGGAAGAUGAAUAUAUAACAGCAAAGGAAAUGGCAGGGAAGAGGGAUGAAGGCUGCAGACUUCUAGAAAUUUCUAGAAAUAGGUAACAUACAUAAAUGACUCAACAGAGUGGCGUAAGCCAUAGUAAGUGGAAUGAGAAGACGGGCAGUGGAAGUAAGGCAGCUGUUUUCCUGGCAAAACCCCAGAAAGGCUUCUGAGUUUAUAAUUAGCAAGUCCUAAGGACAGACAUGAAAAGUGGACCUAAAAACUAAAGAGUGUAGAUUGUCUAUGCUGAAGUUGUACUAGUCACCCCCAAUUAUCUCCAGAAAGGAGAACGACUGGCACUUUCAGACAAAAACAAAAACAAACAUAAAACACACACACACACAAACCCAAAAGGUCCAUUCUAUAGAAAUUAAUUUCCAGGAAUAUAUUUAGUGUGGUGUUGACAUUUCAGAAUAUAGCUUCUGUCAUUCUGACAUUUACAAACCCAUUUCCCAACAAUGACCCAUCAACUCACCCUACAGUAAAACCUGCCAGAAGACCCCACUCAGCCUUCCUGUACAAGAGGUUUGUCUUUCAGAGAAACAUACAGUAACACAGGAAACCAAUUCAGAUGAAAACCACAUAUUAAUCAUCUUGGUUACUCAUAAAUAGGCAACCACAAACACCAGAAUUUUGAAGACCUAAAAGCAUGAAAGAGAGAAGAUAAAUAGAACAAGUGACUACAGACGAUAGAAACUUACGAUGGAACAGAAUAUAAAAAAUUCUAAUUAGAUCCUCGGGAAGAUCUGGGAAGAUACUACCUCCAUUAAACAAGAAAGGUUGCUACUGGAGAGGAGCAAUUGGAAAAUAAGAAAUAGCUUUUGGGAAUUAAGUGUGAUAAGUAAAAUUAGUUAUUUGAGAGAAAACUUGGUAGAUAAAAUCAAGAAAAGCCUCCCAAAAAUUAGGCAUAUACAAAGAUAUGGAAGAAGGAAUAAAGGACAUAUACAUCAAUCCUGGAGGGUCUUUUGCUGAAGACUUGGUUAGCCUCCAAAAUCUGUUCACCUAUUUUCUGAGGCACUUAACUGACCAACAAUUCCCAGUCUCCUUUGUAGUCAUGUACAGUGAUCUGACGUAAGCACAGACCUGCUAAUGGGAACAGCACAGCAGGGUAUGUGACAUUUCUGGGCCUAGACCUUAUGCCUUCACCUCUGUCUCUUUUCCCUCUUCACCAGCUGUAACCUGCAGGAACCCAGCUUUGAUGGUUGUAGACUACACAGUGUCCAGGGUAGACUUGCCACAGCCUUACUUAUGGCAGACACACAAUUAAAUUUGAAUUGUAGGUACACUAUGAAUAUUUUUUUUCUGUAACUUUGUCCCAAGAAGCUUAUCCUAGUAGAUGGCAGAACAAAGAGAUAACAAGAACUGAGUUUUACCCCUGGGCACUCACCUCACAACUGUUGAUGAGAAAGAAAGACUUUUUUGUGUGCCAAGUCACUGCUUUGUUGGGUCUCUUUUUUUAUAGAACUCACACCUUUCACCAUAACUAAUAUUUAGAGAUGAGUUUUUGCCAUCAAUAAAUUGGUGCAUCUUACUACAGAUGGUAUCUUACAAUUGCCAUUGGUCAUUUCCUUCCCCCACCCCCUUUUAUCAUCCAAAAUUGGAAUGUUUCCAAUAAUUGAUGCUGUUUUAGAUUAAAUUGAAUACCACAUUAUAAGAGAGAGAUGAGCAGUGAUAUAAGUCAGAUGGUGAAAUAGGAAGCCCCAGCCUUCACUCCCCAACAGAGACAUUGAUUUAACAAUGUGUGGACCAAAAUGCCUUCUUGAAAACUCCAGAAACCCACAAGCCAAACACAGAUCAGUUUAGGUUUUUCUUCUGUAAGGGUGAGGGAUAAGGAUGAGUGGAACACAUGUCCAGUUUUUCUAGAUUUUCAGAGGACUUUCUGAGGGACUGGUUUGGUCUCAUUUGUGGUACAGAUGAGACACCAAAAAACCUGGGAUGCCGCCAAAUGGAGGUGUCUUGGUGGUGUAGCACCAAAGAACCUGCAGUAUGACAGACAGACACCAGAGGGUGCAAGAGAUUAUGAGCCUCUAAAAAACCAACACAUUUCUCUAAUGGGGAAAUUAGCUGCACUAACUCAGAGAAGUCACAUCCACUUAAAGAGUUUUUUUUUUUUUUU